GAAAGAAUUUUACACUGAUGUAAAAUUACAAUAAAAUAUCCAUGCUAUUAUCGGGCUAAAAUUAUGUGGCGUAAAUAUAUUUUGUGUGACGAUGCAACAAACGUGGGUGGACAUCACAAUAUACCUGAGAUGUUCGGUUAAACAAGUUCAAAUAUAGGCAAAAUUAAUAUUGUGUUUUGUUUGUAAUUUUUUAAAGUGCAAGUUAUCAAUAUGAGUUGUUAUAGUAAGGAAAAAAUGGAUAGAAAUGACCAGAAUAAUCUAUGCAAGAGUCACUCAGUUAGGUCGGACCGAGAACUAUACAGAAUUUGUCCAUCAAAAUUAAGUAAGCGGGAACUGGAAGAUUUGUAUUUCUCUCUCCUGGAGAACAACAUUGAGCUGAAGCGGACGAUCAAUGGCCAGCAGGACAAGAUCCGAGGGCUGUCUACAAAGGUCCAGCGUAUGAACGCCACGCAGAAGAACUUGCAGAAUAAAGAGGUCAAGGAUUGCUGUAUCGGGACCAAGGCUAUUAUCAACGAGCAGAAGGAGUCUAUAACUGAACUGAAACGCGCAAACCAGCGCAUGGCAGAUCGCAUACAGAUGCUGAACAUGCGGCUAUGCUCGGCGAAGCAGUUCUUCAAGAAGCCCGCUCAACCAUCCACGUCGCGAUGUCUGCGCUGUGCAGCCAACGGCGGCACUUGUACGCCUAAGAAACACAAUUGUCUGGAUAAAGCAAAUGAACCGGCAGUACUCAAGGUAUCAACAUCCACUCAGGUUGAUGAAAGAGAAACAUCUGGCCAAACAUGUGACGAAAACAAAUGUAGAUCUCUCAUGGAAGAGUUAAAACUGAAAAUCGUCCAUUUGCAAGAUGAGUUAUUCACCGUGCACGAGGAGUACGCGUCCCGCAUCACACGACUGGAGGGCGAAGUAUGCGAUGUACGGCGUGAGAACACCCGCGUCACUGCACAGCGCAAGGCCAGCGAGCACGAGCUGCACAACCUGCUCCAGCGGAACACUGAGAUACUGGCCACGUGUCGGAACACUCACUCCAGAUGUGCUGAACUGGCUGCUCAGCUGUCAAUCGAGAGGAGGAAAGUAGCUGAGCUGGAGACGCAGCUGAAAGCCUCCAACAUGUCGGACAAAGUUAACAAGACCAUAGAGGACCAUUUGACUACUAGAAACGACGAACAUUCUAGAUGCGAGAAAUGCUGUCAUAAAGUGCAGGAAUCUAGCCGGUCUUCUACCACUCAAACAGGUACGCUCCCCGCGCAAACAGUAGAGGUCCCCCAGUCUCCCACAGUGCAGCAUGAAGACCCCAAGCUAGCUAAAGCCUCCGAUGACUCCGGUUAUACAGACUCCAACAAAAGCCAGGACACUGAUGAUUUGAUGUUAAAUAAAAUGAACAAAGAGUUGAUAGACAGAAUCUUACAACUUCAGAGGCAGGUGGACGCUUUAAAAAUUACAGGGGCUGCUGAGCUACCAACGCCGAGACGGAGCAAGGUCACUGAGUUCACCGAAACCCCGACGAACUCACUUGCUGAUUCUGCGACCAUCCAAGAAGACUACAAUUCGAUGAAGCCUGAACGUAAUGAAUCGACUAUGACUACUGUAAACAGAAUAGGGACCGCUAAACCUUUGUUGUCUAUAAGCCGGGAAAAUAGUAAGUCUAGCAUGGCUCUGAGCCCAGAAGGGACCGUCUCAGUCAUAGAUGAACAACGCAGGUCGGAAGAUUUCAGGGUGAGGACGAUGAAAGACUCUCAAGGCGUCAUCCACAUACCUGACGAACAGUUCCAAUCCGAUUUAAUUAUAAUUUCUCCCACGAUCGAUCAACCCCGUAAGCAAUAUAGCUCUGAAGCCUAUCAAGCCAGCGAGCCUGAAAAAUACCAAGAGCCGUCAACCACUACACAAAAAGAAAUGAUCGAUCCUGCAAAGGCAGAAUCUGAUGACAAUCGGAAACUGCCAGUAAUCGCAGAAAGUGAGCCCAGUAAGCUGGAAUUGAAACCUGAAGCUCCAAAUGGUGGUAAAUGUUGUAGUGAUGACAUUCAGCAACCGUAUAGAGCUGAAUUAAAUGAUGCACCAAAAGCUAUGGAACCUGAAGCUGCAAAUGGUGCUCAAUGCUGUAAUGAUGAUAUUCAGCAACCGUAUAGAGCUGAAUUAAAUGAAGCGCGAAAAUCUAUGGAGCCUGAAACAACAUUACCAAAAUCGGCAUUAGUGCAUAAGUCCCCGCCAUAUCAGCACCAGGAGCCAGACGAAACACUUCCUGUCAUAGAGAGCGUACCCAGCAACCCCGAGCUAGGCUUCGCUAUUCCUAGAUUAGAAAGUAAACAAAAAAGAGAAUCAAUGUCUGACACGAAAAGAUUAAAUGAAACUCGAUCGCCUUCCAACGAUAUUGAGAUGUUACCUGGCAAGUUAAAGCUGCCGAUGACGGAUGCUUUGGUAGCUAACCAGGGUCCAGCCGAUAAAACCAAGGAUCCCUCGAGUCCUAUCAGGGAGGAAUGCGAACAUUGUCCUGCAUGCUCAUUCAACAAACAAUGUGCACAACAGUCUCGCAGAAACACUAUUGACAAUAUAGCCAAUAAAAGCAUAGUCGCGAAAAUGCUAGCUUCGAAAGAUGAUCGACAUAAUAGCUUGCAAAUACCAGGUCCCAUACCGGCGGAGCCCAACAAUAAGAAGAGGAGUGUUUUCCGACAUUUUUCUCUUGAAAAAAAGAAGGACAAGAAUGGUAAACAGAAGAAAGAGAGCUUGACCAGAGAGGAAAUUAGUGAUCAGCAGAAGAUACUGACUGAAGAAACGAGUCACGCCACAGCAGACGGUCCGAUAAAUCUGCCGGAUGUUCCGCUCAUUCACAAGUCAUCGGAGCAGCUGGAAGGCAGGCCGGACGAUUAUUCGCGCCGCAGGGACUCUCUUGGCACGUCACGCAAACGAUUGUCACGCAUACGAAGCUCGAUAAUUAAAACCGACUCGAAACCUACACAGGUACCAGACUCAGGGCAGAACGUAUCGAUAAAUAAUUAUUUGCCUCAAACCGAUCGAAUGUCAAAGGCGAUGUCACCGCCCUAUAAUCGGGAGGUGGCCACGGAAAUGGAACGCAAAUCGGAUGAGGCUCAAACCACAGAACAAAACCAACAGGAUCAAGGAAACCAGAUCCCCAAUGACGUUGGUAAGUUCUUAAUAUUUACAAAAUAACAGACAGCAUAAAUAACUUACGACUCGUGUUUUCAUUCUAAGGGCGCGUUCACACGACACGCGCACGCCCAGCGCACGCCACCCGCGUCCAACUCGCAUUGAAAUUUGUUAAAUAAGAAUUUGAGCCUUAUAAUGCAUCAAUAGAUCUCAAAUUGCGUUUAACGAGGUCUACACGCGCACGCCAUGCACACGCCGCGCGCCCGCCUCGCGCCAACC